GCAGGCGAUGUUCUUGAUCGUCUGUCCACGAAAACAUCGGACCGUCCAUCAUUGAUCAAAGCUAGUGAAUUUCUGUGCAGGAACAUGGAAUUCUCGUUUCUGCCAAGGAGCGAAAGAUGGCGGGUCAUGCGGCGGGCCGCACAUGAAAGCUUGAGCGAGGCUGCUAUCAAGGACUACUCCAAAGUGCUUAUCGAAGAAACGAGGCUGCUAGUUGAAGGCUUAUUGGAUUGUCCUGAUAUUACCCUCUCUCGCCAUGUCCAUCGCGUCGCAGCUUCUAUUGCUUGGCGAUGUCUUUUUGGGCAACAGGCCAUCCUGUUGCACGGGUCCGAUCCAACACAUCGCAUUGAAGAACUUGCGGGUGAGAUGACGCGAGCGAUGCUUCCCGGUGGUUCGUUAGUAGACAUCUGUCCUAUCCUGAAACCAGUUAUCCAGCAAUUUCCAUUUUUAAGAAGGCAUGCCGACCGUUGGUUUGAGGAGCUGUCAUCAUGUUUCCAGAACGCUUACUCAGAUGAGGAGACGUCAGGACAUACCUCCGCUAGCGGUAUAUUGAAAACUAUGGAGCUGAGUAGCCUAGAUCCGCUGAGCGGUGCAUGGAUGAUGGGCUCGCUCUUCUUCGCCGCCGAGGACACGACAGCCUGCGCAUUACUCUGGUUCUUUUGUGCAAUGUUGCUGUACCCCGAAACAGCCUCUGCAGCUCGCCAACAACUUGCACAAGUUGUGGCAGACAGACCGCCAUCAUUUGCUGACUACCAUAGCCUUCCCCAAAUAGAGGCGAUGGAAUUCGAGUAUUCAGGUUAUGUGAUUCCGAAAGGCGCCAUUAUCCUCGCGAAUAUCUAUGCAAUUGCUCGGGAUCCUGAGCUCUACACAAAUGGCGAUCGCUUUGAUCCUUCCCGCUUCAUCGACGAGAAUGGUCAUAUAAAGCAGCCAAAGCGAGACUCCAAGGACGACUACCUCUGUUUUGGACAUGGGCGCCGCAUCUGUCUGGGGAAGGACUUUGCGACUAACUCGCUUUGGAUCACCUUUGCCUAUUUGCUCUGGGCAUUUGAUUUUAGAAAACCCGUUGGUCCUGACGGCGAAGAAGAAGUCGCUCCCGCUGAACUUGGCUUUCACGACAAAGGCGUUACCGUGGAACCGGUGCCGUUCUCUAUACGCGUUGUGCCCCGCUUCCCCGAUCUUGUGGACCGUCUGAAUGGUCCCCGAGCUGAGGAGUGA